AGAUGCACACGACUCGAUCAAAUUCACGGUUUGAUCUCUGACAUUGUCACGUUUAAGAGGCUACAGAAAGGGUAAAGGUCGCAAGUCGCUUUCCCGCAACCGAGAUGACCUCUUUCCGGGAGGAGACACAUGUAUUGUGCUUUUCGAUUCGGUUAAUGUGCGAUGGUAAAAGCAAUGAAGUGACGAUUCCUACCGUCCUUUUUCCCGUUUCCAUCAUCACAGAGAAAAAGCGUGGCGUGGAGCUGUUGAGUGCCGGUGAAGUGACCAGAACAGCAGCUACCAACGGGGAUCAUAAAUGGGUGGGUUGAAACACACGGAGUUCGAUGGUGGGAUGUGAGAGCAGGGAGCAAUUGGUAGGAUCCUAAAGGAGAUCGGUCGCCAAGGUUUCCCUCCGGUUCCCUAUCAAACGCAAGCAAACUAGAGUGAUUGCUGCUCCUCUUUAGAUUCUUCCUGGUUGGUGCCGAUCUUUAGGUGGCAAUAUAGUUUGGUAAAGCUGUUGCCUCUGGGCAUCGAACCCCUCUUUCCCUGCUGUCUUCUCCCCUGAACUAUGUUUCGAUUUGGGGAGAAGGAAGCAUGAACAAGGAGAUCGGUAGAGGUAAAGAGAAAGGGGAAUAAAGAUUCGAUUUUUGUUAGCUGGAAGGGGACAGAGUUGCGAUUUUGAUCAAGACGAAUCGCGAAAGCUCCGGUCUUUGGAUGGGAAGCGAGUGGAACCUGAACGAGGCAGCCGCUGAGGAGGACGGUUCCUCUCCCACGGCCUCCGCCGCCACCGUAGAGGAGGAGAAGGGGGAGGCUCCGAGGACCGGCUCGGCCGACGCCGAAAACGAUGGUUCUGUCUCCUACGACGUCGUCGUCGAGGUCUCCGACGGGAGGGAGCCCGUUCCGGGCGCCAGGAAGAUCUUUGGAUUCUCCUUCUCCAGCAGCCGCGACGGAAGUCCUGCCGCCGAGCGCGAGCCGGGCGUCGUGACCCGCCAAUUCUUUCCCGAGGGUGAUGCAAAAGGGGUGACGACGACGCCGUCGCCGCGCGCCCACUGGGCUGGCGUCAGCACGUCGCCGGAGCCGGUGGUGGUGGUCGGUGGAAUGACCGACGAGCUGCAGGCCGCCAAGAGAACCCGGAGGGGGCCGAGGUCGAGGAGCUCUCAGUUCCGGGGUGUCACCUUCUACCGGAGGACGGGACGGUGGGAGUCCCAUAUAUGGGAUUGCGGAAAACAAGUUUAUCUGGGUGGAUUUGACACCGCACAUGCCGCAGCAAGGGCUUAUGACCGAGCUGCGAUCAAGUUCCGUGGACUAGAUGCUGAUAUUAAUUUUGAUCUGGAUGAUUAUAAGGGUGAUCUAGAGCAGAUGAGCAAUCUCACGAAGGAGGAGUUUGUUCAUGUUCUUCGACGCCAAAGCACCAGCUAUCCUAGAGGAAGCUCCAAGUACAGGGGAGUGACUUUGCACAAAUGUGGAAAGUGGGAGGCCAGAAUGGGCCAGUUACUGGGUAAAAAAUACGUCUAUCUAGGUCUUUUCGACACUGAAGUUGAAGCUGCUAGGGCUUAUGAUAAGGCCGCAAUCAAAUGUAACGGAAAGGACACAAUGACAAACUUUGAUCCUAGCAUCUAUGCUGAUGAGCUGCACACAUCCACUGGCCAGCUUGAACACAAUCUUGAUCUUAGUUUGGGGAGGUCAGGUUCCAGAGGCGAUAGUCUUGAACCGAUGGCCAAUCUCAAUACCCGAUCGAAGUUCGAUGACAAACUUAAGCAGCUCGACGGAAAAGAAAACACGAGAUGUAGUGGCAAUGGCUAUAUCCAAUCUCCAUUUCUUCAUAAGAUCCAGAGGAAUGGUCAAUCGUCCACCCCGUCCCAGAUGAAUGCAGGGCAAUUCAGUCGAUCUAAUUCUAAUCAACAUCCAAGCAGCAGCAAUGGAGGUAGGCCUGAGGGAGGCUUUCUCUACAACUUCAUGGCAAGCAAGAAAAGAGGCAUUUGGGUUGGUGAAGAAGCAGCCAGAAAUGGUUAUAGACUGCAAUGCCAUCAUCCCAAUCGAUCAUCAUCGGCGCUUUUGCAGCAUCAUCAGGAUUCCCACCGCAAGUAGUGGCAGCAGCAGAAUGGUUUCCGCUCUUCCAUUAGACAACAAUAGAAGAAGAAUAGGGGGCAGGGAAAUAACAUUGAAUGAUGGAAUCUGAGGACUCUGCUGGCAAAGGACCCACAUUUCCGCUUUGUUUUGCUUUUAGCUAUCUCAGCAACAACACCUCCACAUCAAUCCUUUUUAGAUGCUUUUUGCAUGUAAAUGAGGCAGCACUGAUUCAAUUGAAGCUUCAUGCUGGUCAACCUGAUCUUUUAGGAGGAAUGCCACACUUGGCUGAUGUGUUUGUUCUUGCAUCUUGUUUAUUUGUGGCAAGUUUUAGCUGUAUACUUCAGAGCUGAGGAAUGGAAUAUGAAGAUUAAUGCUUGUUAUGUACUAAAGAGAGAGGUUUGUAUAACCUUGAAAUCUUGUGUACUUUCAUGCAAAAAAAUGUUUGAAUUUUUAUGGUUAUGGUAAUAAACUGAUCUCAAGUGCAAAAA